ACACUGCUCGCGCCAAGACGCAUUUUGACGAACAUGCCCUCGAUCCGGGCCUUUGGUAGCUCGUACUAGCAACAACGUUAAUCUAGUCAAUGUUAGCGCUAAGAUAGCCGUGAGCGGACGAACGCAUGGCAUGAUGCGCAUCAUUUCGGGCAAUAAUCAGGAUCACUCAUUGGGCAGAGCCGAGAGCGGAAGGACGAUGUCUCAGGAGUUGAGAGUUCAUUGGUCGUGUAGGAAUGUCAACUCGCAUCGUCAGAUGAGCACCGAGAGCCCCAGACGCCGGCCGCAAACAGAUGUGUAGAUGUAAAUAGAGGCUGCUUUUGAUGUGAUGAAAUGUGGCAAAAUGAAAACAUGGUCAACAAAUCCUCAAAAUCACUCAUUCCAAUGUUGCGGAUUUUAAAUAGCGGGUACUGCCCGCAGAAGCCAGAGACCCCAAUGCUCCAUCGUCUCAAGAAUUCCUCGACAACAGAUUCAAGAUGAAGUGGACUGCUUCCCUCACACUUGCGCUAGCCGCGUUGCGGCAGGUUGCUGCUACAAACUCGACAUCAUGCACCCCGAGGCUGAUCAGCUACUGGAUCAACGCCAACGCCUCCAUCUCAACCGUGGAGUCGGUCGAUGCCGGCAACGGCUUCUCCGAAGAGGGAAACGUCGCCUUUCCGGGUAACGUCACGAACCUACCCAGUCUCUGCGCUGUGAGCUUCAUUGCGAAGACCUCAGAGGGAAACGAGUACAAGUUUGCCAUCUUCCUGCCAGACGACUGGAACAAUAAGAUCCUCACCGUAGGCAAUGAUGGCUUUUCAGGAGGUGUCAACGCCCCGGCCAUGGCCGUCGGCGUCAAGUACGGCUUCGUCACACUUGCGACCGAUGCUGGACACAACUCUACCCAGGGCAAUCUCACUUGGGCGCUGGGCAACAACGGUGCCAAGCUGGACUACGGACACAGGGCACUGCAUAACUCCCUCGCGCUGGCUCAGAGAGUCGUCGAGAAGUACUACGGCCUGGCCCCUACAGCUUCCUACUUCUCUGGCACGUCAGAUGGCGGUCGGCAAGGUCUCAAGGCUGCUGAGAUGUACCCUCGCGACUUUUCGGCGCUCUUGAUCGGUGCCCCGGCUUGGUGGCAGAGCCAUCUGCAAAGCUGGAGGAUUGCGAUUGGCAUCACCAACCUGCCCACCGAAAAUGCGAAACACAUUCCUGCCGAGAAGUACACAGUGAUUGGUGAUGCCGUCAGGAAGCAGUGCGAUGCGGCUGAUGGAGUCGAGGACAGCAUCGUCAGCGACCCCAGCAAUUGCACUAUCAACUAUGACCUCUUCACCUGCGGUAAAGAUGGCGUCGACGCGACAGCUUGCCUUUCUGCUGAGCAGGUCACCGUUGCCCAGGCACUAUACGCCGACUACAAGGUCAACGACGAGACUGUCUUCCCAGGCGUCAGCCCCUCCUCCGAAUACGGAUGGGGUUCGCUGCUGGGUGGCGGUAACGGUUCGGAGCCGAAUGAGGUGGCCGUCGGCUACAUGAAGUACUUCCUCUUCAACGACGCGGAGUGGGUGUGGUCGAGCUACAACGAGACUGUCCCCGACUACGCCAACGAAACGAACCCUGGUGAACUUGAUGUCAACACCUUCAACCUGACCAAGUUCUCCAGCCUCGGUGGCAAGAUCAUCAUGUACCACGGCCUGUCUGAUGCCGACGUGCCAGCUAAGGCGUCUCAAGUCUACUACGACAAGGUUGUCGCGCAGUCCGGCGGCGACAUCGAGGCCGUCCGCGCUUGGUUCCGUCUCUUCUUCCUCCCAGGACUGGGACACAAGACGACGACCGUCGACGCGCCUUGGUACAUCGCCGGACCGGGACAGGCCGAGCAGCUCCUCGGCGGUGGGAACUACUCGGUGCCGGGCUACUCCGAUGCGACACACGAUGCCCUUCUAGCGCUCCAGCAGUGGGUUGACGGCGGUGCCGCACCGGACUCGCUCAUCGCGACAACGUGGAAGAACGCGACUGACCCGACCACCGAGGAGGUCCUGAGGCAGAGGCCGAUUUGCCCGUAUCCAUCAACUCAAAAGUUCACCAGUGGCGGUGAUCAGGCAAAGGCUGAGAGUUUCACGUGCUCAACGUAGGGUAGUAAAGAAUUGAUGACAUUAGGUCGAGGAGACUUGGAAUGGACAAAAAGAGGCCGCGCUGCGAUUGCAGUCGGCGGAAGCGGCGUUGUGGGCCAUACUACGUAGUGCAUAAUAGCAAUAGUGUUUAAUAUGAUAUUUCUCCAUCAGCCCA